AUGGACCCUGGAACCGCGUUGGGCGCGGUAUCUCUAGUCUUUCAAGUUUUUUCUGGCUGUAUGAAAUGCUGUCAGCUCGUAUUAGAGAGCAAGGACUUCCCACAGAAAUACGGAUAUCUUCGGCAUCGCUUUCGUCGUGAACAGCUUCAAUUGCUGGACUGGUGGGAAGUAUCAGGCUUCACGGAUGAGACAACAAUCCAGGGUGCCCAGCUAGAUCAAAGGAGGCAGGCUGAUAUCGAAUCUUUGUCCCUGAUAAAAACCCUGAUACUUGAGGCCUGUCAGAUCGAGCAACGAUACGACCCGUGUUCGAAUCUUGUAGACGAUAAUCAAGGGGAUUCCACCUUGGAGCAAGUAAAAUUGCUUCCUUUCAACCCGCUAGAGGUAGCCCACAAGAAGGGGGAAUUACUCCGGAAGUGUCUUCGAUAUGCCGAGAGCGCGUCUAUAAGGUACACCAGAAGACUCCGCUGGGUCCUAUUCGACGCGGACAAAUUUGAACAACUGUUAACCAGGUUUUCUGAAUUAAAUAAAUCAAUGCAGUCCCACCUAUUAUUAGAGAAAAUCCGUCAGUUCCAACAGCUACAAGAGGCUACGCAAAUAGAGAUCGUACAGCGACCUGAAAAAGUCGAUGAGCUUUCUGACAUCAUUCGAUCGUGCCGUUGCCUGCGUCAAGAUGACGAUUCAGGGAGGUCUUGGCGAGACUCGAACGAGAAACUUUUAGAGCGACUAGCUCGAUUAAAGGCUCUCAAUAUAAUGGUUGAUAAGGGUGAUUCGUCUUGUGAAAAUGAUAUGACGGCACAGGCCGGAUUGAAAGUGCCAUUGCCCGACGACCUUAAACUGAUUACAUCACAGCUAAAGCUUCAAGAUGAUCCAAAAAAGGACAAUUACCAACGAGUUUCCGGGAAAUUCAACGAUAUCACUGUGUGGGUAGAGUGGAAGAGCUACGACGAAGAGAUUCCUGUAUCGGAGUGUCGCUCUAUUGAAAUUCGAAUUGCGCGCCUCGUCACGUUGCUCCUUAAGAGCCCAGAGAAUCCCGAAAAGCUCCACCUUCCGGCCGCCCUUGGCUAUGUUCACGAUCCCACUUUUGCCCGGUUUGGACUUGUCUUCGAGUCUCCUAUUCUAACAAACACGUUGGUCCCACAAUCUCUUUAUGAUAGGCUGCAUACUACCUUUAAGCCUUCUUUGACUACUAGGAUAGACAUAGCGCGGAGAUUGACAACAAGCCUGGAAUAUCUCCAUGUGGCAAAGUGGCUUCAUAAAGGUCUAAGGAGCGAUAAUGUCCUAUUCCCGACUUCAUCUUGCUCGGAAUGGCUGCCGCUUUACCUUUCCGGCUUCGAUUAUUCUCGUCCGGCAGAACCAGGUGAAAGAACAGAGCUUCCGAGCAACCGCAGAGAGCACGACUUAUACCGACAUCCGGAUGUUCAGUUUCAUGUUCCCCGAGAUGGAGAAUAUGGAUACGUAGAAAAGCAUGACGUGUACAGCCUUGGUGUAGUUUUGAUGGAAAUUGGGCUAUGGCAACCUAUUUACCAAUUCCUCGGGCUUUCCCUGAACGAGCUUACGUCACGCCCGGCUAUAAGAAAAGUUCGCAUGAAGCUUUUGGGAGCCGAAUCACUUACUGCUCUGGAGUCGGAGGCUGGUGGAAGAUUCUCAGAAGCCGUCAAGAUGUGCUUAAUGGGUAAUAUAGGGAGACGGUCACCAGGUGAAUCCAAAAGCCUGGUGAAUGCAGGAGAAAGCAAUUAUCUAUGGGAUGACUCGGUCGAUUGCCUGCAGAAGAUUAAGGAGGUAUUGCAAAGUAUCACAGUAUAA